AUGACGUCAAGGUGGGUCCUCAGUACCACGCUGUCAACCCGAGGACUCGGACCGAUUCAACUCAACUUGGAACUUGCUAACUACCAUCACUCUUGGGAUUCUCGCCUGCAGGCUUCCGCACCUAUCGAGCGAGUCAUGGCACCACGGAUCUUAUGCCUCCUGUCUACGGACCCUGGAAGCUUCUUGUAUCCUAACGUUAUCCUGGCUGUUAAUUGGUUUUCCUUCGGGCCUUCCCCCAAAUCGAGCGCGGGCUCGGGGUAUGUUCCUGGGACUGUCACUCUGGCAAGGUGGCGAGCACGUUGUAGCAAUGCUUUCGGAUUCCAGAGCAUUCGUGUAUAUCCAAUUAUUGAAAGGAGAACUGAACCAUCUUGGGAGGAACUUACAGUCGAACCGGAAUAUAUUUGUCUCGACCCUAUCAGAAUGUCUUGUCUUUGCGCGUGUUCUGAUUAUCAGGGUAAAGGGCAUAUCUUUUCGGCGCCCUUCGCUCAACUUCAAGUUCAAAUGACUGUCGACAGACUCUCGUAA